AUGGCCAUUAGCGGAGGGCCGCGCCGAUUGGCCGGCCUCCAGCGGACUCGGGCGGCCUAUGCAAAUGAGGCCGCGCUCGCAAUUAGCGGCCGCGCGGCGAGGAGGGGCCGGCGCCUGCGGGACCCGGGCGCGCGGCCGGCGCCGCCUCACAUCGCGGGCUCCGCUCUCCUCGGCGCCCGGUGCGGCCCGGCGGGCCGGGAGCGGCGCGGGCCGCGGCGGCCGCCUGGCCCCGGGCACAGGCAGCAAACUUUGGCGGCGUCCGCGCGGCGCCUCUCCGCCGGCGCGCCGGGCUCGCCCCUUUAUAGAGUGUCUGCGCCGCCGCCCGCGCCCCGCGCCGCGCCCCCCCCGCCACCGCCCGCCGCCCCUCCCGGAGCGGGCGGCCGCGGGCAGGGCUCCGGCCGGCGCCUUUGUCUCGCCGGGCUGCUCGGGCGCCGAGCCUCCUGCGCUCCAGGCGCGGAGGGCCGGCCGGUCGCCUCCACUCGUCCGCGGCGGCUCUCGGCGCGCCGGCCCCGCUCAGGCUCUGGUGUCCCCUCUCUCCGGACCUUCUCUCCGGGCUCGUGUCCCCUCCGCGGGCUCCCCCGGCGGCCGGCCCGGCCCGGAGGCUCGCGGCCGGAGCGGAGCGGAGUGCGCACGCCGGGGUGGCGGGACUUCGGCAAGACCAACUUUCCGUGGCCCUGUCUGGUACGAAGCUUUAGCACAGAUGGCCUCCCGGCGCUUCCCCCAGGGUCGCGUGCUGGCGGGGAACAGCCGGCGAGCACACAGCCCCGGGCGCCCAGAGGGCUGCGAUCUCCCUGCGUGGCUGGGCGCGGGGCUCUGACUAGUGGGGAUCCCCCGCCCCGGCUGGACCCCGGCACCGCGCCGCUCGCCCGGCUCUCCAAGGGCUGCUUUUCCGUUCUAGAAUCUUCCCGCUACCCAGCCGCGGUUCUCCCGCGCGCCUCUAAUUGUGUAAGUUUCACGAAGCAACAGCUUUGGGCUCCAGGAAAAGCGCAGGAAAAUCAUACAGAGGAAGGAAGUGCACAGGUUGGAAUCAUCUCCAAAGAGACCCCGCCGCCACUUUUGCCACCCUCCUCCCAACCAAUCCCUGAAGAAGCAAACGUAGGUUCCCGCGGCGUCCGAAGUCCCUCAGAGGAAGCCCGAGCCCGGCUCCCCGGCAGCCUCCUGGCCCGGUGUCACCGACUCCUCCUCUUUGGGCCGCUUUGCACGCACCGGCCCCACCUUUUUUGUUCCUAAAGCCAUUCGUCCGCCCCUCCCAGCCCCCCACUCUCUCUCCGACACACUGGCACGAUUUCCUUAGGGCUUUCCCGGACUCCUGAACGACACUGCUUAAUUCCGUCGACUUGCUCUGCAUUUUCUACGGUGUGCGGCCGUGGGGAGGAUCUUAAGUUCCUCCAGCGAAGGCGAAAGUGAGACCCCGGCCCUUUAUCUGUAAGAAGCGAGCUGUCAGAUUGCAGAGGUGUCGCGCCCGCCCGCGCUGCGCGUUGUAAGUGCGGAGACACAGCAGGCUGGGCUCGGCGCUGCGGUGAACGCAGUGGUUCCCCCAAAGUGAGCGGCCGCGGAGCAGGACACGGAGCUCGCGGUCUGACCGGUCCGGCGUGGGGUGCGGUCCCCGCCCAGGGCGCGCGCGGUGGGGUCGCCUGGCCGAAGGUGCGGGCUCCACCUCGGCCCCCGCGCUCUCCACGCUGGGAUUUCGUUGAGAAGAUGGAGCAAAGACUUGGACGAAAGAGCCGGGGAGGCUGUGAAAGGGGCACCUACACAAAUUCCCCGCCACUGCCAGAAUGGUGCGGAUCAGUAAAUUGUGUGGCGCACCUUUUAAAAAAUUGAUUCGGGUGUUCAAGAUCAAUAAAAUUAAAAAAAAAAGUAGAGGCCGAAAAUAAAAGGCGAGUUACCUUCUGAGUUAACCUGUUCUCCCUUCCUCGCCUCCCUCCACCGAGGUCUGAAACUUUUCUUUAAUUGUUUUUAUUUAGUGCAGCAUGUUUUAAUGAAAGCACAGGCGUCUAAAGUUUGAGUUCCAGCAAUAGGUUUAUCGCCAGGCGACAACGUGUCAAGCAGAAUAUCUUCACAGAUGAGGUACAGGAUGUGUCCUCCAGUCACGCCCAGACUGGAGGACCCCCGGAGCUGUGCAUCAGAGACGCAGACACCGAGUCGCGCUGGCGACACACAAGUCCCUACCGUCACAUGACCACUGCCUAUUAAAAUAUUGUGAUACCUAAACACUCUUGCAAAAACAAAAGUUGCUUUUCUUCCCUAUAAUUAAAUCUAAUUUGUUAAUUGUC